GCUGUGCCCGCCUCCUUCCUGCCACUGCGACCCUGGGCUGGGAAGGCGACCCUGGGCCGGGAGGGCGGGUCCGAGCCCAGAAGAGAAAGAGGGGCAGAGGCUGGUGGGUCAUGCCCUGGUCGCCACGCGCCGCUCUCUUCUGGGACCUGGUCCUGGGCGUAUUGGGCACCCUCGCCUUCCUGAUCGACCUGGGCGCCGACCUGUGGGCCGCGAGCCAGUAUGCGCUCAGCGGUCGCUACCUGUGGGCCGCGCUAGUGCUGGCGCUGUUGGGCCUCGCCUCAGUCGCGCUGCAGCUCUUCAGCUGGGUCUGGCUGCGCGCCGACCUCUCCAGCCCGCACGCGCCGAAGCCCCCAGGCCACUGCCUGGCGCUGUUGCAUGUCCUGCAGCUGGGCUACCUGUACAGGUGCGUGCAGGGGCUGCGGCAGGGGCUGCUGGUGUGGCGGCAGGAGGUGCCCUCCGAGUUCGACUUGGCCUAUGCCGACUUCCUCUCCCUGGACAUCAGCAUGCUGCGGCUCUUUGAGACCUUCCUGGAGAUGACACCGCAGCUCACACUGGUGCUGGCCAUCAUGCUGCAGAGCGGCAGCGCCGAGUACUACCAGUGGCUCAGCAUCUGCACGUCCUUUGUGGGUAUCUCGUGGGCACUGCUUGACUACCACCGGGCCCUGCGCACCUGCCUCCCCUCCAAGCCCCUCCUGGGGCUGGGUGCCUCCGUGAUCUACUUCCUGUGGAACCUGCUGCUGCUGUGGCCCCGAGUCCUGGUCGUGGCCCUGUUCUCAGCCCUCUUCCCCCGCUAUGUGGCCCUGCACUUCUUGGGCCUGUGGCUGGUGCUGCUGUUCUGGGUCUGGCUUCAGGGCACGGACUUUAUGCCAGAUCCCUGCUCCGAGUGGCUGUACCGGGCGACGGUGGCCACCAUCCUUUAUUUCUCCUGGUUCAACGUGGCUGAGGGCCGCACCCGAGGCCGUGCUACCAUCCACCUGGCGUUCCUCCUGAACGAUAGCCUUCUGCUGGCGGUCGCCUGGGUGGCUCAGAGCGCCUGGCUGCCCAGCGGGUGCCUGCUGCAGAGGCUGCUGCCCGCGGCCGGCGCCUGCUUCCUCCUGGGGCUGGCUCUGCGGCUGGCCUACUACCGCUGGCUGCACCCCAGCUGCCGCUGGGGGCCUGACCAGUUGGACGGGACCUGGGGUCUGCGCUCCCUCGAGGGGCGUCAGCUGCCUCAGAACAGGCGCAUGGCCCAUUUGGCUAAGAACUUUUUCCCCAAAGGUAGGGAUGAGGCUGCUUUGCCGUGGAAGGGAGAGGUGAAUGGUGUCCUUUGAGGCAGGCUCAGACCCCGCCAGGGGACCGAAGGCCAGAUGGAAUCAGUUGGUAGAAUAUAGAAGAUAAGCUCCUGAUGCUGCUAUGGGCCUUGAUUCACUCAGCGAGCACUUGAUGCCUGAUCUGUGCCAGGCGCUGGAGACCAGAGUUGAGGAAGACAGAGGCCUGCCCUCAAGGAUGAGAACAAGAUGAGAAGGGCUGGGCCCUGGAGGGUCAAGGGCCCCAAUUAUGUAUGAAACACUUUGGGAGGAAAGAAGAGACCCCCUCCCUUCCCUUCCCCCCAAACAAGUAUAACCCCAAAGCAUCCCAGUGUUGGUAUUUUUACCUCCCUGGCUACCUCUAAAAUAAUUGGUGGAGCUGCUGUCCCACCCUUGGUUCCCCUCUCCCGGGCUGGAAGGCCCCAGGACCUCCAGGAUGUGUUCUCUGGAAUUCUUCCUCCCCUGCCCCACCCCAGUCAUUCAAUUCAUUCAGCAAAUGUUUACCGAGGGCCUUUUAUGUGUCAGAAGCAUCCUUCUAGCCUUGGCAGAUCAGCUGCCAUUCCAGCUUCAUCCCUUACCCUCUCCAGCUACUCCAGAGCAGGUUCUCAGGCUGGAAGCCAGGGAUGCCUGACUGCCUGUCAGCCCUGUCAGCCCCUCCAAGGCCUUAGUGCAGCUGGCCCGGCCUCUGCCCCUCUCUCAAGGGGUGACCUUUCAACCAAGUGCUUUGUGAACCCGUGGUCUGGGCCAUGGCUCAGCCCGUUGAGUAUGGUUUUGUGCUUCAGGCAGUGUACUUUCUACCUCAGUCUGUGUGGGUGGAAGAGGUGUGUGUAUCUGCGUCUCUGUAAGAGAGAGACGUGUGUUGUCUUUGUUGAACAGUAUUGUUAGAUUAUUAUUAAAACCUCAUGAAAUCCUCUAGCCUAGUUGUGUCAUUAAAUCCACCGCCAAGUUCAAAGCUGCCUGGAAAAAAGGGGUCAGGGACUCAAAGUCCUCCUCUCAAAGUAGGUAAAGGUCCUGGGACCAGAGAAGAGGGCUGGCUUAGGCGAGACUUCUUUUUUUUUAAAAUUAAUUAAUUAAUUUAUUUUUGGCUGUGUUGAGUCUUCGUUUCUGUGCGAGGGCUUUCUCUAGUUGCGGCGAGUGGGGGCCACUCUUCAUCGCGGUGCGCAGGCCUCUCACUAUCGCGGCCUCUCUUGUUGCGGAGCACAGGCUCCAGACGCGCAGGCUCAGUAGUUGUGGCUCACGGGCCUAGUCGCUCCGUGGCAUGUGGGAUCUUCCCAGACCAGGGCUCGAACCCGUGUCCCCUGCAUUGACAGGCAGAUUCUCAACCACUGCGCCACCAGGGAAGCCCCAAGGCGAGACUUCUUAACCUUGUUUUCUAAGCGUCAGGAGCUGGUGAGCCGGUGUGGUGUUGACCACUCAGGUGGGCAUCAGAACCCAGAUCUGGGCUAACUCUAGUGUGUGCUCUUAGCCGGCUCUGCUGCUGGGCCUGGCGGGAGUAGGUACACCUUUGGUAUCAGGAAGUGAAUACGCGAGUGCAGGUGAAGAAAGGUCUUUUUGCUGGGAGGUCGCUGGGAGGUCACUGGGAGCGAUGCAGUGAUGACAGGGGAUGUGGAUGUGGGCAGUGGUGUUGGGGAGGUCUGUGGUUUGGAGAAACAAGGAGCAGGGAAAGGGCACUGGAGACAGAAGGAAAGGUUCAUCACCACUGGGACGGGAUCCAGGAGAGUCUGUUAUUCAUUUAUUCAUCUAGUGGAGACACAAUAAACAGAAUAAGUGAAAGAAUAUAUCAGAUAGUGUUAAGUGCUAAAAGAAAAAUAAGGUAGGGAGCGUGCACGUGUGUUGUAGGUGGGAGUUACAAUCUUAUAUAGAAUGGCUGGGAAGGCCUCCCUGAGAAACUGAUGUACGCCCUAAAGGAGGUGAGGAUGGCAGCCACGCAGAUGUGCUUUAUUCCAGACACCAAGUCAGCAGUGACUGGAUGAAGGAGGGCUUGUAGCAGUUAUACUGGCCUGGAGCCAAGGCUGACACAGAGAUGAAGGUUGGGAGCAGGGAGGAACUCUGGGAAGAUGACGCUGGUGCUUUUUACAUACACAGAAUGGUAGAGGUAGAAAGGAUCUCCAGGAUCACUUAGUCCAAUGAUUUUCAGACUCUUGCAUUUCAUGAACCAGUAUAAUGGCCAACAUGGUUGCCAAGUUAAUUUUAAUGAAAAAGGGCAGUAAAAACUACCACCAUCUAUUAUCUUGUCUUAUGAAAGGACAUAUAACCUCAGAAAAAGGAUCAUUUUUUUAAUUGACUAUAAACACACAUUUGCACACACACAAAAGUGGAAUCAUUAUUUUUCUCAACUCAUAGGGAAUAUCGAGGGUUGAGACCUCAGAGAGCAGGCUUGGCCUUUAUAAAUCCCUGGGCUUAGUGUCCAACCUAGCCUCAAACAUAGCUUCUAAGGGGUUCACUAAAACAAAUACUUGCUCUCAACUAUACUUCAAUUAAAAAAAAACAAAACAGGGCUUCCCUGGUGGCGCAGUGGUUGAG